AUGCCACGUCAGAUUGCUGUAAUCAUCCUAGCAGGGAUUGCAUUGAUUUUGGGCGUCAAUGCAGCACAAGCCGAGCUACCAGCGAACUGCGUAAAAUUUGGCGGAACGUGUGACAUGUAUCGUCGUUGCUGCGAUGAAAACCUCAAGUGCGACCAGUCAAAUACCGUCGGCAGAUACGAGUGCAAAGAAAAAGCAAAACUGGGUGACUCGUGCCGAGAAACAUUUCACUGCAUUGACAUUGUGCACUCCAUAUGUUCGAAAAAUGAGUGCGUUUGUCGACAAAACAACGUCAAAGUUAGCGACUAUGCCUGCGCCCCAAUCUUGAAUGGCUACUGUUGGAAAAACGAGACCUGUGUGACGGAGAAUUCACUGUGCAUUGACAAUGAGUGUCAAUGCAGAGAUGGAUUUUUAGCCGAGGCCAACGAGUGUCUGCCAGGUGAGUCACACUUAACUUUGCAAGACAUCAGAGUCAUUAAUCUGUGCUUGCAGUUGUGA